UUUCUGGUUAAGUGUUCUCUCUUUCACAGAUAUUUUGAGAAGCAAUUUGACCUGUCAGAACGAACCCGACUGCCAAUGUUUCUCCACUGUAGAAACUCACAUGCUGAUUUUUUAGAUAUAAUGAGAAGAAAUAGAGAGAGAUUUGUCAGAGGAGUGGUACAUUCUUUUGAUGGCACGAAGGAAGAAGCAGCUGCCCUAAUAGAUUUAGAUCUCUAUAUUGGAAUAAAUGGCUGUUCACUGAAAACAGAAGCGAAUUUGGAAACCCUGAAAUCCAUUCCUAGUGAACGAUUAAUGAUAGAGACUGAUGCCCCUUGGUGUGGAGUGAAAAAUACUCAUGCAGGAUCAAAGUACAUAAAAACUACAUUUCCUACAAAAAAGAAAUGGGAAGUAGGACACUGCUUGAAGGACAGGAAUGAACCCUGCCAUAUAAUUCAAAUAUUGGAAAUAAUGGCAGCAGUAAGAGAAGAUGAUCCACUUGAGUUGGCCAAUACUUUAUAUAAUAACACUAUUAAAGUCUUCUUUCCAAGUAAAUAAGGUUGUUUUUCUUAUAUUUACUCCAUGUAACUUCAGUAAAUGUACUG